AUGCUAUGUGAUGAUUGGCCAAGUCUGCGACCUCUGCCGGAGCGCUUACGUGCCAAUCAUCGUCCUGGGUUCUCAGCCCUGGCCCCGGCCCUUGCAAAGUCUGACACGAGGUUAUCAGCAUCUAGGACUGGUCGGAUAAUGGAGCGCAGAGCUGUUUGCGGGGCUCGAAGGCUUUCGCGAUCGGUGAAGAGCCAGGACGACCCCAGACUUGUCUCACACGAGUUUUACAUUCGUGUCGUUGUCGAGUCGCCUGCAUACAACUAUGCCCAACUCCCAUUGCCUUUCCUCAUGAUGCCAUUGUCGUGCCGGCCAAGACGGAGAAGGGCUGUCGACCUGGGCUGGUUGCAAUGGAAAUACAGCUCCACCGCUGUCGCCUCUAGCAUCACUUCAUUUAGGAUUCACAAACCCUGUUCUGCGACAACCUCACAUCUUUUGGGUGCAUUGUUCGUCUUGGUAUUCCUGUUUUCAGUUCCAUCGCUGGCUCAGCGAGAUCCGGUCACAAACUUUUGUAGAAGAUUCGGUCAUCAGACGGCCGUCAUCGACAGGAAGUUAUACAUCGAUGGCGGUUUCAUCAACUAUGCUCCCUUGCCGAGUAACCCGACGAACUACACGAACACCUUCCUAUCGUAUCAUGACCUCGACCAUAUUGGGUCGGGUGGCAUGCCACAGCUCUAUAGCAAUUUGUCCAAAAAUGCUACCAUUCCGACUGUCAAUGGCGGGAUCCUCUGGGCCGAUAACGUAAACAAGAACUUCUAUCUGUUUGGUGGGGAGUACUUCCAAACACCUUCUAACGACCUUUCACUUUACUCUUUCGAUACCCUUAACAAUUAUUGGACAACUCUCGACGAUAUACCCCAAAGCAUCGUCAGUGGGGUUUCUUACGGUGCCGGUGUCUCCAUCUCUGAACUGGGCGAUGCCUUCUACUAUGGAGGGUGGUUGAGCAACGCGAGCGACCCGGGAUGGGCUGGUUCGCGGAUGGCAACCACAGGAUUGAUCCACUAUGAUAUGGAUGGGAACCAGUGGGAAAAUAUCACCGGCCCAGACAACGUUGGAAGAGCAGAGGGCGCCAUGGUUUACUUGCCUGCCAGCGACAAGGGGCUGCUGGUCUAUUUUGGUGGGAUCCAAGAUCCGGGAAACGGAACUAUCAUUGGCCAGCCGAUGGACGAGAUCUUUGUGUUCGAUAUGGCUACCUCUCGAUGGUAUAAACAGGCUGCCAACGGAAACGUCCCCGGCAGCAGAGCACGCUUUUGUGCCGGUGUCACCUGGGCGGAGGAUCAAAGCAGCUACAACGUCUACCUUUACGGUGGCUUAGGUAUGCCCGGCUACACUUCAGGAUAUGAUGAUGUCUAUAUUCUGUCGAUGCCUUCUUUUACUUGGAUCAAGAUGUAUCCAAACAGCACAGUCGGCAACCAGUACCCGCACAACUCAUUAUCAUGCAAUGUUAUCGACCGGUCACAGAUGAUCAUCAUCGGGGGUAGCUUUCCAUUGGAUGAUGUAGAUUGCGAUGCGCAACCACAAUUCGGCAGCCAUAACCUUGACAUGGGAGAGCAGAAUGCGGACAAGAGCCCGAACCAUUAUAUGGCCAAGAUUACCAUCACCAUGACCAGUCCAACAUGUUUUUGUGUCCUAAUCAAAGCGCAGUGGUUUCUGUAUCAACCGAAUAUCACCACCUACGUCGUCCCUUCCAUAAUUACGAACGUCAUCGGCGGCAAUGCCCAAGGCGCAGCAACCAAAACCGCCCCGGACGCCGGAUUCGAUGAGCCCGACCUUAAAGUCCUUAUAUACCGAAAGUACACCGCUCCAGCACGCGCCCCAACCCGACAAGUCUCACCAGGCGCCGCGCCUCCGUCUUCCUCGCUCUCGAGCGGUGCCAUAGCCGGCAUCUCAGUCGGCGCCGCCGUGGCGCUCAUCGCUCUGCUGGCCGGUCUGUGGUUCUGCUUCCGCCGCCGCCAGAAGCGCAAGAACAGCCCAGAGCAGGUCACGCCGGCCACGUCGAGCGUGGUGCCCAUCCGCUCCGCCGCUAUGUGGAGCCCCGGGUCGAGUAACCACACACCCGCCACGCCGAGUGCGUAUGGGGUGAACCAUGCGUGGCCCGCCCCACCGUUCGCACAGGCCCCCAUGCCGAACCACCCCGUCGAGCUGCCGGGUACGGUGCAUGACUCGGGGGCCAGGGAGAUGUACGGCGAGCCGCCGGUAGCGCUGCAUUCCGUGGUCAGCCUGGGAAGCGCCGGUGGUUCGAGCCCCGCGCUCGUGAGUCCGCACUCGACGACCUCGGAUCCCGCCAAGUAUGGGAGCGAGGGCGGCUGGCCGAGCCCCCUCGGGGGCCCCCUUAGGGAUUCGUAUUCUGCCAGCAGAGUGGAAGAUACGACUAUGUUUGGGAGCGGCGGGCACGGGCCGCAGGAGUUGGGCACGGAUACAUCGGUGGCCGAUCCCGAGGGGAGGAGGCACGAUACCUUUUAUCACAAGUAG